AUGAGAAUUGAAUUUUCUCAAUUAAUUUUCAUUGUAUUAAAUAUAAUUUAUAUUACUAAUACACAUAGUAAUGAUUAUUCUCCGCCUACUAUGUUAUGUCCAAGUGGUUAUUGGCCAGCAAAAAUCAAUUUAACCGGUGGUCCUUAUCAAACAGAUCGAACAUUUGAAUUAUCAUUUCAUCAAUCCAAUACGGAACAAUCAUCAUCAUCAUCAUCACCGAUAUGUCAAUUUUGUCCAAAUGUUGGUUGUUUCAUUGUACGUUUAUCCUCCUCCUCCUCCGCCUCAAUGGAAACAAAGAAAUAUUCCACAGGGAAUAGCGGUAAAACAACACCAAUUCAACCAGUAUCUUCUUCUACUUCUACUUCUUCAAUGAUAAUGACAACAACAACAACAACAACAACUGUCAAUGAAAGUGAUAUGAAUACUGUGAACAUGACAGGAACUAAUAAUAACAGUAAUUUCAAUGAAACAAUGGAAUCAAUGAACAGUAGUAGUAGUAGUAAUUCAACUCUCAUUCAUGAUGAUACUACUUAUUUAUACAUGUCAUGUGAUCAUUGGAAUAAUUUGCCUUCACCAACAGAGAUAAUUAGUUAUUUAGAUUGUGUUAUGAUUGGUACUAGUAAUGAACAAUUUUAUUUGUUUAUUUAUGAGCCAAGAUUUCAAGCGGAAUCACUACCACCAGUCGACUGUGUUGAUGCAGAUUUUUUGGCAUGGAUUAAAAAUGAUACAGAAUUGUUGGGUUUAGAAUUAGGUUUUCGAAUGAAAACAAUACCACCAUUUUUACUGCGUUAUUAUCAACAUAUAAUGCAAUCAACUCAAUAUAUAUGUCUAGAUGGAAGAAGUUUAAUUAAUCAUUCGAUACAAUUUGAAGAUACUGAACGUUUUGCUAGUAAUAAAUUAACACAAGUUGUAUUUCGUUCAUUAACUGGUCUAAAAAGAGAACGUUUACCACCGAAAUCAAUUGAUAAUUAUCAUAGAACAGCAUUUCAAAGUGAUGAAUUAGUUGAAUCAUGUCCAUUUAUUGUACAACAUAAACCAGCGAAUAUUACACCGAAUAGUGAUUGUCAAUUUUCACCAAGUGCAUUACCAACUACAUCAGAUAAAGUCAGUUCACAUCAAGCAUUAGAACGUUGUCCAUUUCGUCGUUUAACCAUGAUGAAUACAAUACAAAUGAAAAAAUUACGAAAUAUUAAAUCACAACAACAUUCAAUGAUUAGUGGUGAUGAUCAAUCGAUGAUGAUGAUUUAUUUACCACCAUCAGUACUGUCAGCAUGUUUAUUAAUUGUUGUCCUGUUAUUAACCAUCGGGAUAAUUAUAGCAUUUUGUAUAAUUAAUCAUGAGAAAUUAAUGUUAUGCAAAUCACGUAGUAGAAAACGACAUGAACGUGAAGCAGCUGCAGCACAAGAAGAGAUGGACGAAAAAGUUGCUAAAGAAGCUGCAUUGGCAGCAGCAGCUGCUGCAGCCGUUGCUGGAGAAGGUGAAGGACAACAGCAACAACAACAACAAGUAAGACAUCCAAUCUAUGCAAGAUAUGGUAUGAUACCACCAAAUAUGGGUGGUGCAUUCGGUGCAUUUGCUCCAACUUAUCAAACAAUGACAAUGAAUAUCAAUAA